AUGGCUUCAUCAAGCCUAACCCCAUCUACUGCUACGCUAGUCGACGACAAAGCCAAGGCCAUGAUCAACUGCUUCCUUAAGGACUUACUGUCGUACACCAACAACCCUAACCACAUGCUCCGCGGCAUUGACAUCUUUGUGCGGAAGGUAUGGGCAGAACCUCUCAACAUCUGGCGCAUGAUGGUUCCCGGCGACGUCGAGCAGACUAAACUGCCCCCAACGGACGUCCUCGAGAUAUUCGCGACAUUUCGCGAGAAUGACUCUCUGGACGACCAAGCAGCGCGGAUACCAACGAGCGAGAUGAAGCGAAUACAAGGAUUCCUGAAGGAAGGCACCCGUCGCUGGCAUCCGAAUUACAACCACAUCAUGCUUCUAGCACUGCUGAGCCGCGAGCAGAGGCCUUAUACUGGGCUUUCCUCAGGCGUGUUAAGGUUGACAGAAGACAAGUUGAAGAACUUCAAUUGGUAUGAAAUGCGUUGGAGAUGGGAACCGCAUAUACAGCGGCUCAAAGACCAAGGUCGCAAUAUUGACGAUGAAUUUUACGAGGCCUUCUACGACGGCGGUAGGGAUUGGCCUGCAGACAAGCUUGAGUUGGUCGUGCUUACCAAUUGCUUCUGGCAACUUAUAUGGCAAGGUGUCGAUUGGGAUCUUGACGGGUCUAUCAUACCGCCUGCUACCUUCUUGAUGAUGGGCAUACAGGACGAGAUGCACAGUGUCCGUGGUUUGGAAGAGAUGCGAAAACCGGGAGCAGAAGAGCGCCUGAGAGAUCUGAGGCGUGACUUUACCUUGAUAUUGCACCUAUUAUCGAGGCCGUUGAGGAAACUUCGGGAUGAUCUGGCCGUCUUAACUCGAGGCGAGCUUCAAAGAGUCCGAAUCAUCGACAAAUACUCUUUCGCCGAGGCGCACGUUGAGGAGGCGAACAUUCUAGAGAUGGUUACUUCGCCGACAAUGGCUGCACUCGGCGACUGCAACAUAUGUCUCGCAGCACACCACGCUGCCGACUGGGUCAAGACAAACAACUGCUCGCACAUUUUCGGACGCGAAUGCCUGGAAACUUGGUUUGAGUUACGAAACACUUGCCCGAUGUGUCGGAAGGUCUUCUUCGUGCCCGCAGACCAGUUACGGCGCGAGAGCCUCCAUGCGCCCAGACACGAUAGUUCGCUGAUCAGACCGAUGCUGGCAUUUUUGGCCAUGUGUCGUACGUUUAGCGAUUUGCGCUCGCUCAUCAAUGAAGUAUUCCAACACAGAGAAGUAGAGAGCCAAUACCGCUUCCUCGGCGCCCUCGAUGCACUCAUCACCAUCUGCGGAACAUUUGGCAAUAUUAUGGCUGUUUCCCCGGAGCUUCGCGGGCACAUGGGGGAACUCGGACUAUUCCGUAUCCAUCUUCCAGGAUGGGAGUGGCCCAUACUUGGAGUUGGUCAUGGGUAG